GCGGUGCCCAGCCGCGAAGCGGUCGGCGGAGUUCGACGGGUGUGGACCGCUUCUGCCCGAUCCCCGGAGGAGAGGGCCCGGCAAGGCUCUGGAAGGAGCGGGCCGGCGGAGACAGCGGCGGCGCGGAAGUCCCCUAGGUUGCUCAGCACAUGACCUACUAAAGAGAAAUCUCUAGACAAAAUAAAAGGAAAGAUUACCUAGCAUCAAGAAUGAUGGAUCCAUGUUCAGUGGGAGUCCAGCUGCGUACCACAAACGAGUGCCAUAAAACCUUCUAUACUCGUCACACGGGUUUCAAGACUUUGCAAGAAUUAUCGUCAAAUGAUAUGCUUUUACUUCAGCUUCGAACUGGAAUGACACUUUCAGGGAAUAAUACGAUUUGUUUCCAUCAUGUGAAAAUUUACAUCGACAGAUUUGAGGAUUUGCAGAAGUCUUGUUGUGACCCAUUUAACAUACACAAAAAACUGGCCAAAAAAAAUUUGCAUGUAAUUGACUUAGAUGAUGCCACUUUUCUGAGUGCAAAAUUUGGAAGACAGCUUGUACCUGGUUGGAAGCUUUGUCCAAAAUGUACACAAAUAAUCAAUGGAAGUGUGGAUGUUGAUUCUGAAGACCGCCAAAGAAGAAAACCUGAGUCAGAUGGAAGAACUGCUAAAGCUUUGAGGUCAUUGCAGUUUACAAACCCAGGAAAGCAAACUGAAUUUGCUCCAGAAACUGGUAAAAGAGAAAAAAGAAGACUUACAAAAAAUGCAACUGCUGGCUCAGACAGACAAGUGAUUCCAGCCAAAAGCAAGGUCUAUGACAGCCAGGGGCUCCUGAUUUUCAGCGGGAUGGACCUCUGCGACUGCCUCGAUGAGGACUGCUUGGGCUGCUUCUACGCGUGCCCGGCCUGCGGGUCCACCAAGUGUGGGGCCGAGUGCCGCUGCGACCGCAAGUGGCUGUAUGAGCAAAUUGAAAUAGAAGGGGGGGAGAUCAUUCACAAUAAACAUGCUGGGUGACUUCUUGUGGCGUCAGACGGUGGGGUCCUGUGAAGGACCUCUCUGGUCCUCAAGUCUGUUACUACAAGGUCCUUACCGUUUAAGCUUGGCCACCUCAACAUGCACUUGCUGUGUUCUCAUACUGCAUUCUGGAUGCUUUAAUGUGUAUUAUGUGAAGGAAAUUGAGAUGAGCUGUUUCUCUGGGUCAAUGUGAACAUGUAGGGUAUAGGCAGUCCUUGAUGUGCAUGCUUCUUACAGGCACAAGUGUCAACUGACCAUGACUUAGUUACAUAAUAUUGCCUCUCCUGGGGGCCAGCAGAUGUCAUAGUGGUUACAUCACUGGACUCCCAUACACCCGACCGUAGUUCAAGGUCUGGACCAGUGGCUUAAAAUUCACACUGUGCGCAUGUGCCUGCAUGCCCAAGAUCCCUGGAGAGGAUGGAGGAGAAGGGAUUGCAGGUGCCCGUCCCCCCAGGGAGUGACUUCUCACUUUCCUUCUCAUUGUUUCUUUAUCCCCACCUCCCAGUACAUAUGCCUUAAGGCAAAAACCUCUUUAAAAAAAAAACAGUUUAAUCUAACAGCAUAGCUUGAAUUUCAGUUACCACAGUAUAUUACACGUGAGUAAUUACAUAAAGUAUAAACUUUGCUGCUGGUUCUUCUAGAGCUCACUAUGUAAAUACAGUAAGAGGUACGCUACACAGUUACUGACCAAUCACAUUCAUUCUUUCAAACUGCUGGUGAUUGGUCCCUGUACAUGUAUUUCCAAUUCACUUGCAACAAAAUGUGUAUUUGUGUAGUCUCUGACAUCUUCAUGACAUUGUUCAGAAAUGGAUAAUUGAGAGAAUUGGCCAACAAAGAUGUACGUGCAGCAAAGAACUGUAAAAUUAUAAUAUUGGAAUUGAAAUUUGAAUUGAACUAAGCAGAGUUGUAGAAGAGAUCUUUGAUGGUAGGAAUGUUGAUACUGCUGCUGUUCCAGAGCCUCGAGGCCUGUAUCCAGAGGGACUCGUGAAGGCAGUCUCAGGCACUUUCUCGUGAAGAAAGUGGUCAUGAUGAGAAGAAUGGAUAUGUCUCAAAGCAAGCCAGGAAGCUUUACUCUAGAGGAUACUGGGCGUCAGUACAGGACGCAGCUUUGAAGACACAAAAAAUAAAACUGUGGAAGUUGAUCCAAAGGCAGUUUGCCAUGGUACAGAAAAGAGUCUUACUCAACAUCUUAAGUUACUUGACCACCAGCCCCCUCACCAAAAAACAAAAGACAAGCACUGUUCAGAUUACUCUUGGUUAUUUAGCUUUUACAAUGAAACUAAAAUUCUUAAUGUCUUACAGUGUACUAAGUAAAUAUUUUUAAACUCUUCCAUGCUCUCCUAUAGUUGUAAGUGACAGGAUUUGUGUGUUAGUAGGGAUGCCUUUAGCUGGGAACAGUACCUGUUUCUGGGAAACUUGAUUUUGACACAAAAUCUAUUUUGGCAAAUACUUAAAUGCUAAAAUGUAUUUCUUUUUUUCUCAUUUAAUCUUGAAAUAAAUACUGUAAACUUUUCAUUGUUUA